UCACACUGAACACAACAAUAAUAAAUAAACAUUAAAAAUGCUGCAACGCGCACAACCGAGAGUAGAAAAUCCACGCUAUGGCCAGCUGAUUAUUGGGCCACCUGGCUCAGGCAAGACGACGUACUGCAACGAGGCGUAUAAAUUCUAUAAAGAGUUGGGCCGGCAAGUUGGCGUUGUCAAUUUGGAUCCAGGCAAUGACAACAUGGCCUAUCAGCCGUUGGUCAAUGUAAUGGAAUUGAUCACCGUGGAGGAUUGCAUGGAGCACAUGCAGCUGGGACCCAACGGAGCGCUCAUGCAUUGUGCCGAGUAUCUGGAGCAGCAUAUCGAGGAUUGGCUGCUGCCGGCACUGAGGAAAUUGAGUGCAACGCACAACUACUUCCUCUUCGAUUGCCCGGGCCAAGUUGAACUCUACACUCACCACAAUGCCAUGGCUCGGAUUUUUGAGCGCUUGGAGGCGGAGCGUUACAAUCUGGUUACAGUGAAUCUCAUCGAUUCGCAUUACUGCUCGGAGCCGGCAAAGUUCAUAGCCACGCUGCUGAUGGCCCUGAAUACAAUGAUGCGGAUGAGUUUGCCGCACGUGAAUGUGCUAUCGAAGGCGGAUCUGCUGCGUAAGCACGAAUCCAAAUUGCACUUCAACGUCGACUUCUAUACAGAUGUGCUGGAUCUGAAGUAUUUGCUAGAGAAACUGGACGAUGAUCCCACAAUGCGCAAAUAUCAAAAGCUGAACGAAGCCAUUUGCUCCAUGGUAGAGGAUUAUGCCUUAGUUUCCUUUAAGCUCUUGGACGCCUUCAGCACAGACAGCAUGCUUCGACUGCGCAACCACAUUGACAAAGCAAAUGGUUACGUGUACAAGGCAGGCGAGGAGCAAACGGUGAACUCUUUGCUAGCCUGCGCCGUUGGCGCUGAAACUGAGGCAAUGCGUCAGCAGCACGAUAUUGAACCCUAUGUGAAGCAGCCGUAGCGAACAUAUGCUUAAAUUAUGUAUACAAUUUAGUUGUAUUUAUCUGCUAGUUGAAAAUUGGUUUAUCAACAUCCUGUCGCCAAAAAUUUGCCCAUAAAACUGGACAAGUCGUUGAACACAUAAAAUAACGCUCUAAUGAUUGUAAUUUCCUGUGAUAAAUAAAUGCUUCACUACACAA